ACUGUCACAAAACACAGUAAGGCGAGGGACUAGAAGACAUCCUCUUGAAAUGGCUCAAGAGGACCAGAGUGAGAUGCCACCUCAAGCAGCAGCCAGUGAAGAGGAAAAAGGGAAGGCCAACAAGACACCUUCGAUAAUUGAGAUCAGUGACUCGACCCGUGAGUGUGAGGAGGGGGGAAGGCCCAGUGCAGCACAGAUGGAGGAGAAGUCAUUUGUGUCAAGUCUGUACUCUUUUAUGAAGAGCAGAGGAACACCCAUAGAAAGGAUCCCACAUCUGGGCUUCAAACAGAUUAACCUUUGGAAAAUCUACAAAGCUGUUGAGAAGCUCGGAGGUUAUGACUCUGUGACAGCUCGCCGUCUUUGGAAGAAUGUGUACGAUGAGCUGGGAGGAAGCCCGGGCAGCACCAGUGCUGCAACGUGCACCCGCAGACACUAUGAGAGGCUGGUGCUGCCGUUUGAGAGACACCAAAGAGGAGAAGAAGACAGACCCCUGCCCUCAAGCAAACCAAGGAAACCGUACAAGAGAAAUUUGGAUGGCAAAGUCAACAAGGCUGAGGGGAAGAGGAAAAGGACUCCGCUUGAAUCUGAGUUACACGCUCAAAGGACGCCAGAGGCUGCCUGCCAGAGUGAAGCAGGAAUACAUGCUCUUUCCACCACAUGGGCUGUCACCUCAGAUAGGCACCACCCAGACUGCUCCCAGCCAAAUAAAGGGGCCGGCGAUCUCUGCACAUCUGUCUAUGCUUGUUCCCACCUUGUCCAGGUCCCUAAAUCAAGCCCCUGGACCGGUCAUAUCCCAUCUGCUGCUGGGGAGGUCAUCUCUCCUCUGGAGAAAAAGAAGCGGAUGGCCCAGGCCAGCCUCAACCUGCCACUGAGCCCACAGGGUGAUGAAAAAGAAAGGCCCUCUGUCAUUCGCUGCUCCCAGUCUCCAGCUAUGGCCUCUUCCAGUCUGAACUGCAAUUCCUCUGAAGGCUCCCCGCUGCCUUUAUCCUCCUCCUCCUCCCGCAGCCCCUCUCCUUACUCUGUUUCAUCAGAAGAUGGUCCACCAGGGAAUGAAGAUAAGCCUGCGUCGAGUGCAGAAUUUCCCCGAAACUAUUCCGGCACCAUCGACAAUGCAUCUGGCAGCAGUGAGGGAAGCAAGCCUCUGAGCUGCAGCCCGAUUUCCAAAGAUCCUGCAGGACAGAUUAAGGAUGUUUCUCAAACAAUUACAGAUUCUACCAAAACCAAGACUAAAGACUCUGCAUGGAAGCCAGUCCACCAUGGGAGUGGCAGAAUUUCUGCUCAUCCAUGUGACUUGAUUCCCACAGCUACCUCUAGUUUCACCAAAGUCAUUCCAAAAUCCGUGCCGCCUCUUCGACCUGUUCUUUAUACAACAGGUUAUAAAUUCCACCAGAACAGGCUAAUGCAGCAUGAUGACUCACUGACGUGUCCUAAGAACCUGCAUAAUAUGGCACCUUGGAUUUAUCAGACAGAGAAGAGGGAGAAAUCCAGGACAAUGAUACCCAAACCUCUUCCUACCCAACAGUCUCUGUCCCAUGGCACCCUGCCAACAUCCUGCCUCCUAACAGGCUACGACAGAUCAGGGAGAGACUCUCAACACCAACCUUCGCUACACCCUGCAUUUCCACCUGGCAGAAUGAGACUGCCCCAUUCUCCGCCAUUGUACCGUCAUUUCCCAAUGAGUCCAACCCAGUCUGCCCUCAUUGGAUCUGCUAUUUGCUCAUACCCCUACCCCAUACCUCUGUGGAGUCCCCAGACUGGAUAUACCCUACCUGGCAUGAACUCCAUUUAUCCUCACAAGCUGUGAUACUGUAUCUUACGGCAUCUGGCGGGUACAAGAGAAAAAACGGAGAGAAACAAUUGUUUUGAGGCCAUAACUUACGAUUUAUAAGAUAUAACUUGUUCUUGUGCUUGUAGUAAAUUUGUGGCUAUGAGAUAAGUGUGCAUUACUCUUUCUUUUUCCUGGGAGCAGACUGCAACUGCAACAGACGUCUGUCCC